CACAGCAACGGUCGCCGUAGUAAUUUCGAAUGGAUAAUCACUUGGGCCCACCAUCUUAUAACUACUUUACCAAAGAAAAACCACAAACAACAAAUCAGCAGUAUGGCUUUUUCUAUCGAGAAGAGAAAGGCAAUGACACUGAUAUUCUUCGGAACAAGUCUGAUUGUAAUGAAAUGGUAACGUCUUCGCAUUCACUUAAGCACCAUGGUGUACACACAAGAAUUCGAUCAUCAAAACUGAGACCACCACUACCCAGGAAGAUAACAUACCACACUGCAUCACCAUUAGCAAAGCACAGAAAGGAAUAUGAAGUUGGUGACGGAAGAAAGGACCCAGAUACGCGUUUAACUAGAGUUAAAGGUAUUCAGCUGUGGCAUGCCCAUACGGGAUCAUUAGUUCACGUUGAACCCUAAUGAUUUUGGCAAAGAGGCCAUUUUAAUUUUGGGAGCCAGAACGAUAUUUUGAUUUUAUUCCAAGGAAUAUUUAUGCCUAAUAAAUAUUUACAAAACACCAAUAUUAUAUGAUCGUAUUUUAA